CGUUUCAGCUCGGAACCAUACAGAGAUCAUACUUCCUUUUCCGUUCGAUAUCCAAAAUGGGCAUAGACAUCAGCCACCGCUUCAAAAGGAAGGUUCGUCGAACUGCUCCGAAAAGCGAUGACAUCUACUUGAGGCUUUUAGUAAAGUUGUACAGGUUCUUGGCAAGAAGGACCAAUGCCAAGUUCAACAAGAUUGUCCUGAAGAGGCUGUUCAUGAGUAAAAUUAACAGACCACCAGUCUCGAUUGCCAAACUCACAAGAAUGAUGAAGAAAUCUGGCCGUGAGGACAAGACAGCUGUUGUUGUUGGAACUGUCACAGACGACUUGAGGUUGUUGAAGAUUCCCAAGCUCAAGGUGUGUGCAUUGCGGGUGACUGAAAGAGCCCGCGGCCGCAUCUUGAAGGCUGGUGGGGAGAUCCUUACCUUUGAUCAGCUGGCACUGAAGGCACCGAAAGGCCGCAACACAGUUCUUAUGCAGGGCAGAAGGAAUGCCCGUGAAGCCAACAGGCACUUCGGACCUGCUCCUGGUGUUCCCCACAGCAAAACUGCGCCGUUUGUGCGCUCCAAGGGUCGCAAGUUUGAGAAGGCUCGUGGUCGUCGUAGCAGCAGAGGCUACAAAGUGUAAUUUAUGUAGAAUGUCCAGAAAUAAAGCCUCAAAGAAGA